GCUCUUGAGCUUUUUAGUUUCAGUGCCUUCGGAACCAACAAACCUCCAAAGGAUUAUUUGGAACUCGCACAACGUGCACUAGCGUAUGCUCAAGGCAUUCCACUAGCUCUAACACUUUUAGGUUCUCAUCUUCGUAAUAAAGACAAAGAUCGUUGGCAAAAUAUAUUAGAUAGUUAUGAAGGAGAACCAUACACAGGUAUUCAAGAAACACUUCGAAAAAGUUAUGAUGCCUUGGAAAAAUCUGUGCAACAAGUUUUUCUAGACAUCGCAUGUUUCUUCAAGGGUGAAGAUAAGGACUAUGUUCUAAAAAUAGUAAGCAAUUCUAAGAACAAGGUCUCCCGAGAUUGUAUUGAAGUACUCAUUGAGAAGGCAAUGAUAACUAUUGACUAUGGUGGGAUUCAGAUGCAUGACUUACUAGAAAAACUGGGCAAGGAUAUAGUUCAUGAAGAAUCCCCCAAUGAUCCCGGCAAGCGUAGUAGAUUGUGGUUUUACGAGGAUGUUGAACAAGUUCUAACGGAAAGUACAGGAACAAAAAAAAUUAUAGGCAUCAAGGUGAAUCUUCCAGAACCAGCGGAGAUAACCUUGAAUCCAGAAUGCUUCCGUAAAAUGGUAAAUCUUGAAAUUUUCAUAAACCGUAAUGCAUCUCUAUGGGGGCACAUUAGCUAUCUGCCCAACACGCUAAGAUUGAUUAAGUGGGAUAGAUGUCAGUUACAAUCUUUGCCAUCCAAUUUUCAAGGAAAUCAUCUUGUUGAGUUCAAUAUGCCUCGCAGUCAUAUUAGACAAUUAGAGGGAUUUAAGCGUUUGUCAAAGUUGACAUCUAUUAAUUUAAGUGGUUGUCAAUUCUUAGAAAAAAUCCCAGAGCUAUCCGGAAUCCCAAACAUAAAGUACUUGAAUCUAAGUCAGUGUACAAGUUUGGUUGAGGUUGAUGAUUCUGUUGGACGCCUUGAUAAACUAGUUGAAUUGAAUCUUAAAGGAUGUGUUAGGCUUACGAGGUUUGCAACAAGACUUAGAUUGAAAUCCUUAAAAACACUUGAUCUAAUUGAUUGCAUAAGGCUUGAGAGUUUCCCAGAAAUAGAGGUGGAGAUGGAAUCACUACGGAGUUUGUACAUAUCAAGAAGUGGCAUAAGAGAAUUGCCUUCAUCUAUUGCAUAUCUUACUGGGCUUGACAUGUUGGAAGCUAAGGAUUCCGUAUUACAGCUGUGGCCCAACCUAUCUAAAUUUUGUCUCAAAGGAUGCAGUCAAAUCAGAAAAUUGGAGAGAUUUAAGCAUUUGGCAAAGCUGAGAUUUUUGGAUUUGAGUGGUUCUCAAUUCUUAGAAAAAAUUCCUGACUUAUCCGAGAUCCCAAACAUAGAGCACUUGGAUCUAUGUAGGUGUACAAGUUUGGUUGAGAUUGAUGAUUCUAUUGGACUCCUUGAUAAACUUGUUGAAUUGAAUCUUGAUGGAUGCGUUAACCUUACGAGGUUUGCAACAAGACUUAGAUUGAACUCCCUAGAAAAACUUUAUCUAAGUGAUUGCAAAAGGCUUGAGAGUUUCCCAGAAAUAGAAGUCAAGAUGGAAUCAUUGUGGUGGUUGGACAUAUCAGGAAGUGGCAUAAGAGAAUUGCCUUCAUCAAUUGCAUAUCUUACUGGUCUUCCAGAAUUACCGCUGCUUCCUGAGCUAUAUUCAUUUACACUCAGAGGAUGCAAUCUAUCAAAAAGUGAUUUCGCCCUGCCCCUUGUUUACUGGUACACAUUAACAGAACUUGAUCUAUCGGGAAACAAUUUUGUCAAUCUUCCGAGAGGCUUUAGCAAAUUUGUCAACUUGAGGGAGCUUCGCUUGACUGAUUGCGAGAGUCUUCUGGAAAUUCCAGAACAAGUGCUUCCACCAAAAGUAAGUCCGGUAAGGCUGGAUAACUGCACAUCAUUGCAAAAAAUUCCAGAAGUGUCUUGGGUAUUGCUGGAUAACUGCACAUCAUUGGAGAAAAUUGGCAGUAUGUAUCUGAGUUUGACCAAUUGCGUUAGACUACGCGGCUACUACGACAUCACAGAAAAUAUUUUUCUGAAUCCGCGUUUUGAUUACGACAUUAAUCUUCCAGGCGAUGAAGUUCCAAAGUGGUUCAGCUAUUGUAAAGAUGCAACAAUAGUUAGAACAAAGAGAUACCAAUACGAUGCUAGAUGUGAAGUUAGUUUUGAAAUUCCUCCAAAUUUAAAAUGGGAGACGUUAAGAUUGGUUCUAUGUGUUGUUGCUGUUGCUGAGGUAUCUAUUUUCAAUAUUUCUUUCACGAUUAGUCUCAAUGGACAACGCGUCAAUGAGAUACGUCUUGACAGGAUAGAGGAAGGUCAUGUGCGGCUCACGUGUAUUCCAUUAUUGAAUCGGAACUACGUAAAUUUAAGUCAACCACUGAAGCCGGGUAAUCUGUGUAAAGUUGAGUUUCUCUUGUCUCUGUAUGGCAGAGUGCCCGCAAUCGAUAAAAUUCCCUGCGGGGUCCACCUAUUAGGCCACCAGGUUGCUGAUGUCAGUGUGACUGAAGAUUUUUAUCAGCGGUUGUUGCCUGAAGCGAAUGAUGAUCAACACCAAGACUACGAAUCGACUUCCUUGUCUUCAGCAUCAAAGACUAGUCUUGGCAAGAGGCCUCGCGAAUCAGAUUUCAUGGCACUUGACGAUGAUCAUUGUGCUAACCGCCCUCGACAUUGGUGAUCAUGAAGCUCAAUGGCUUACCUUGUUUACGGGGCCAGCGGAUCACCCAAAGAGGAGGCACAUCGAUCUUAAUGAGGAGCCAAAG